GGACAGCCUGAGCUGGAGGGAAGCAGCCCACGGAGGAGGUGGGGGGGCUGUGAGGACCUUCCAACCCAACCAUGCAGUGGGGUCUCAGGUUUUGAUUUGUCCCCAGAUGCCCCCAGUGCUUUCACUCACUGAUGCUCCCCAGUGCUGCAUGUGGCACUGCCCAGCCGAGUGCAGUGUGCUGCCAGAAGGGCAUCGUUUUGUCCUCACAGCUCCAACCCCUCUCAGCAGCUGGCUCCCAGCCCUCACCGUUCACAUGCUCCAAUUUCUCACCCCCUGAGACCCGCACCAUCCAGCAGGAAGCGGUUCCCAAACCAUUUACCAUGUUUAUGCUUUCUCCGCUCAAGGACGGUCCUCCCUCAUUCCCUCACCCACCUCCCUGCCCAGGACUGAACAGGAAAUAAAGGUUAUCCUUGGGGAGAAAAACAAACCAUGCGGCUCAACAGCCGUGUUGUUUUGAUACCUAUCUCAUCCCCUCCCCAGCCUCGGCGCACCGCUGGGCACAAAGGGGUGACCGAGGCGUGGGAGCUGCUCCACCCCUCGUGCUAUUUACACCAAACACGUGCCCUGUGUGCAGAAGGUGCAUUAAAAGUGGGCCAGCAGCUGCAGCGGGGCAGCAGCAACAGGGCUGUGUGCAGUGUGUGGAUGCUGCAGGUGGGGCUCAACCUGCCCUGUGCCCCCGAAGGGGUGGCCAGAGCCUUCCCUGCACAGCUGGAGGGGGAUGGUGGGGACUGCGAUGGCACCAGCACUGCACAAGCGGUGCUCAGCUCCUCUCCCAUCACCGUGGUGGUCACACCGGAGGAUGACACGUGGCACAUCAGCGGCUCCUGUGCGGGCGGUGGGCCAUUCGUGGAUUGGGACCAGAUGCCAGAGGUGGAGCAGCAGGCAGAUCCACCCGAGGACACGCUCAGCCGGCCUCCCAAGGAGCUGAAGAAGCUGGCGAGGGAAGGCUGCUGGGCUGCCAGCCGCGCGCUGAGGGCUGCAGCUUACCAGCACCUGUGCCAGCGCGUCCCCUGCCGCCUCGUCACACCCGAUGCCCUGGUGUACGGGGACGUGGCCGCACGGCUCUUCGGAAAGCACGGCGCCAGCUCCCACCCCCUGCCCGACUUCCUGGCGGGGCGCUCCCCGCCCACGUACUGCCUCAACACGGACGGGGUCACGGCGCUGAGGAAGAUCCUCGUCUGCGUUGGCAACCUGUUCCCUGACAUCACCUACAGCCCAGCGCUGCCCUCGCUGGUUGCUCUGCUGCUGCACUACAGCGAGGAUGAGGCUCAGUGCUUCGAGAACAUCUCCCGCCUCAUCGCCAGCAAUGCUCCCCACACCAGCUACAUCGACCAGUCCUUCCUGGCUCACCAGGCGUCCUGCAUGACGUUUGGGGACCUGGCCAACAAGCACUGCCCAGCAGCACACAAGCUGAUAGCCAGCACGUCUGAGAACGUCUUUGAGGUGUACUCUGAGUGGCUGUCGUGGCUGUUCCGCGACCUCCCCUUCAGCUACGCCAUCCGUGUGUUCGAUGUCUUCCUGCUGGAGGGGCAGAAGGUGCUGUACCGCAUCGCCCUGGCCCUGCUGAAGCAGUACCGGCUGUCGGUGAGCUCUGCCGAGCAGGAGGGGACCGACACCAAGGCGGAACUGCAGGUCUUUGUGCAGAACAUUGCCCAGCACAUCACUGUUGACAAACUCCUGGAGAGAGCGUUUGGCAUCCGGCUGUUCUCCCGCAAGGAAAUCUGGCUGCUGCAGAUGGCCAACAGGAAAGCACUGAUGGAGAGGGGCAUCACCAUGGUGCAGGGCAGGCAGUCCUUCCACCUGGCCGUGGACAUGCAGAGCUUCAGCUCCAGCAUUGUAUCAGCUCAGGAGAUGCGCAUCAUCUGGUCCUGGAUCCCCGAGCGCUUCUCCCUCUUCCCCCCACUGCUGCUCUUCUCCACCUCAGAAGAUGGGUGCAGCCUGCAGAGGUUUUACUCGUGCUGUGAAGGUUACGAACCGACGGUGCUGCUCCUAAAAACAACGGAGGGGGAGGUGUGUGGGGCAUUCCUCUCCUCUGAUUGGAGCGAAAGGAAGAAGAACGGGCUGACAUCGGGCUUUUUUGGGACAGGGGAAUGCUUCGUGUUCACUGUGCGCCCGGAGAUGGAGAGGUACGAGUGGGUGUUCAUCAAGAAGCCAGAGCUGGCCAAAGCCAUGCCACGCUCACGCCAGCGCUCACCAUCACCCAUUCCCACACCUCCGCUCAGCUCCUCCCCGGACAGCCGCAGUGCCAGCCCCAACCUCCUCACCGUGCCUGCACCGCAGAGGAAGGGCCGCCUGUCCCCGUUCCUGGCUAUCAGGCAUUUCCUCCUGCCUUCCAAAACAGCCUCCAUGUUCAUGUCCGGCUCUCGGGAAGGGAUCAUUAUCGGUGGAGGGGGAGGCCAAGCACUGUCCCUCGAUGCCAACCUGCUCUGGGGACGCACGGAACCCUGCGAGACCUUUGACAACCCUCCACUCUGCCAGGAGAACUUCAAGGUGCAGCUGCUGGAGGUGUGGGGCUUCCAAAACUCUUAGGUCCCAUGGGGUCAGCUCCU